UGUGAUGUUAAAUUUUAUCAGGAAUCAUUUGAAGCAGUCAAAUGCAUUGACCCAUCCAGCCGUGUCAUAACUUUUAAUCCAAAAUAUGAAGAACUUUAUGCACCUGUUGCUGGUCCAAUAAAUCCUUUCAAAACGCAGCAGCAAUUGGCUGUUAAAAAUUCUCUUGCAGGAUAUGUGGAACCAGCACACAUUAAUGAUUUUCAUUUUGAAUUGCAAAGGAGGACUUUUACAAGUUUCGGAUAUGCUGUUGACCCUACUUUAAAUGAUCCUGAGGGAGGUGGUAGUAAACUUAUCACUGUUGGAAAUUCAGAAGAAAGUGGCUUAUCAGCAGAUGAUAAAGUCACAGUAUUUGAUAAAACUAAACAGAGGGAAGGUGACAAAAGAAAACGUAAAAAAAAUAAUGAUACUACUGACAUAGAUGGUUUCCUUGGGCCUUGGGGAGGUUUUGAGGAUGAGAAAAGAGUUCUGAAACCAUCUGAAGAGGAACAAGCUGAACUCGAUGAUAUUUUAUCAAAGCGACAAAAGCGAGGAAAAGUUACCGAAGACAAAACAAUGGAAGAAAAAUCCAUACUUCACAUCAAAGAUGCUUAUGAUUACCAAGGGCGAUCCUUCCUUCAUAUACCCCAGGAUGUUGGAGUUAAUCUUAAAUCUGAUGAUCCUCCAGAAAAAUGUUUUAUUCCAAAGAAAUUACUUCAUACUUGGACUGGCCAUUCAAAAGGAAUAUCAACUAUCAAAUGGUUUCCAAAAUCUGCACAUUUAUUACUGUCAUGUAGUAUGGAUUGCAGAGUCAAAUUGUGGGAAGUUUAUAAUGAAAGACGAUGUGUAAGAACAUACAUUGGACAUAAACAAGCCGUCAGAGAUGUAUGUUUCAAUAAUGCUGGAACACAGUUUUUAUCUGCUGGCUAUGACAGAUAUGUAAAAUUGUGGGAUACAGAAACAGGUAAAUGCAUUGGUCAGUUCUCAAAUAAAAAGAUUGCUUAUUGUGUAAAGUUUAAUCCAGAUGAAGAUAAGCAGCAUCUUUUUGUAGCUGGUACUUCAGAUAAGAAAAUUGUUUGUUGGGACAUAAACUCCAAUGAAAUUGUUCAAGAAUAUGAUCGCCAUCUUGGAGCUGUUAAUACCAUCACCUUUGUAGAUGAAAAUCGCCGUUUUGUGUCAACAUCAGAUGAUAAAAGUUUACGAGUGUGGGAAUGGGAUAUUCCUGUUGAUAUGAAGUACAUAGCUGAUCCUACUAUGCAUUCAAUGCCAGCUGUAACUCUUUCUCCAAAUGGCAAAUGGUUAGCUUGCCAGUCUAUGGAUAAUAAGAUUAUGGUAUUUUCUGCCUUAAACAGAUUUAAGCUAAACAGGAAAAAAACAUUCACCGGACAUAUGGUUGCUGGAUAUGCAUGUGGAUUGGAUUUUUCACCAGACAUGAGCUACAUCAUCUCAGGAGAUGCAGAUGGUAAAGUCUAUAUUUGGGAUUGGAAAACAACAAAACUUUUUAGCAAGUUUAAAGCACAUGAUAAUGUGUGUUCUAGUGUAAUUUGGCAUCCUCAUGAGACUUCAAAGGUUGUAUCUGCAGGAUGGGAUGGCACAAUGAAGCUAUGGGAUUAA